UUUCUCAGAUUUCCCGCAACGGAUUAGUUCUGUUUUACGAGAAAUACCGUUUUGCUCGAGAGAGAAAGCUAUGAGAGAAUUGAGGAUGAGGAAAUAGCACGAUGAUAUGAUGAGAAGAAAUGGUAGCUAUUGUAUUUGAAGAAAGUAGAGAUUGGUAUGAAUUGUUGAAGAAUAAUAGACGCAAAGAUGGAAUAUAAUGAAUAGAGUACUUAACGACUUUCAUUAACGGGUGGAAGAAGAAAUGUCUGUGAAAGCUGCUGUCAAAUUGUUUAAAUCUCAUCCUGUUUCAUCUUUACUACAGAUAAAUCAGAAAUUAAAAGAUAUACGAAUACAGGGAUGGGCACGUCGAGUUGAAACACGUGGGAAGUUCUUGUUUUUGCACAUCAGUGAUGGAUGUUCGUUGAAAACGAUACAAGCUGUGGUACAGCGUGAUAUUUGUCCUAAAGUGCCGGUAGGUAGUGCUGUGGAUAUCGUUGGUGAUUGGGUAAAGAGUGACGGUAAGCAACAAAAUAUGGAAUUGUUUGCCACAAAUUGUGAAGUUGCGGGAUUACAACAAAAAACGUUCAGCGAAUUACCCACCGAAGAAUGUUGUGCAGAUGUUACACGUAAGAAAUAUCACUUACGCAUGAAAUCCAUACCGUUUAUGUGUCUGCUGCGGCUACGUUCGCGGUUGGACCAGUUGAGUCGAUCUUUUUUCCAGGAGGAGUCGUUCAUCCAUGUGGAUACACCACUCUUAACGCACAAUGACUGUGAAGGUGCUGGUGAUGUAUUUACUGUUCAGACGAAUAGGGGAAAUUAUUUCGGUGAUCAAGCAGUUUAUUUACCAGUUUCAAGUCAGCUGCAUCUGGAAUCCUUUGUUGGUAGCUUACCGAAAGUAUAUACAAUAGCCCCUGCAUUACGUGCUGACAAUUCGCAAACUCGGCAGCAUUUAGCAGAAUUUCGAAUGUUGGAGGCAGAAUAUGCGUUUGCAGAUGAUUUAGAGCAAUUAUGCGAUUUAGUGGAACGUUAUGUCAACUAUGUAGUUGAUGGAAUGCUUAGUUGUGAUACGGCAGAAAUCGAUUCAAUGAUGCAAGUGUUUUGCGAUAAGAGUGCAAAAGUACAGUCACUUUUGUGGAUUAAUGGUCCCCGGAAGCCAUUUCCCCGUAUUCAUUAUGAUGAGGCGAUUGCAGUAUUGCAAAGUAAGGGCGAAAUGACAUCUGGAGGUCGGUUUAGCAAGGAGAACGAAUUAACCAUGGUACAACACUGUACUGGCCCGUUAUUUGUCCUGCGUUACCCGCAUAUACAGAAGCCGUUUUAUAUGAAACGUUGUGGCAAUUAUGCGGAAUGUUUCGACUUGUUGGCGCCAUUUGUUGGUGAGCUAGCUGGUGGUUCUUUGAGGGAAUCAGAUUCAGAAGAGCUUCGUCGCCGUGGAUGCGAUAAUUCACUGGAUUGGUACUUGGAGAUGCGACAGCACGGGCAUCCAACCAGUGCUGGGUUUGGGAUUGGUCUGGAACGUUUCAUGCAAACUUUGUUUGGUAUCCUAAACAUUAAAGAUACGGUAGCGUUCCCAAGAUGGUACAAGCAUUGUCCAAGUUAA